CGAAGCAGGAUCGUAAACAUGGCUGACAGUGGAGUGACAGAUGGACCUGACAAGAAAGAUGAAAUUGAACGAGCGAAGAGUGAAGGCAAAGAGCUGACCAAGGAGGAGAAGCAACGGCUGCGGAAAGAGAAGAAGCAACAGAAGAAAAACAAAGAGAAAAAAGAUGAAGACAAGGCUCCACAGGAAAGCAAGAAAGAAAAGAAGCCUAUCACUUCAGCUGCUCCUGCAUCCCAGCCUCCAACACAACCCACAACACAGAAAGGUGCAUAUGAUGUGGGCAGGAUACAACACUCAGGAGGAGCUCCCUCAGCAGUGCCUGCUCCUGCACCGGUUCCCGUGCCUGCCUCAGAGGCUCCUGCCCCAGCAGACAAGCCCGCUAAGAGUAAAGCAGAGCUAAAAGCAGAAAGGCGAGCUCGGCAAGAGGCUGAGAGGGCUUCGAAACAGAACAAGAAGGGAGAGGUGGGUCAGCAGGCUCCCGCGGGGAAACCCAAAGCACCGCCCAGUGAGCUGCAGCCAGUGGUGAAGAGGCUCCCAGAACAUAUCCAAGUGGACAAUCCAGAUGUUUUAAAGAAGCUGGCCAAGAAGUUGGAAAGACAGCAGACACCAGGGUACACUGCUGCUAUAAAGGUCAAGAUCCCACUCCGGUCAGACUACGGCUACAAAGUCAGUCUGUUUUCUCACCUUCACCAGUACAGUCGCAAAGCCCCUCUAACACAGCAGCUCAGCAUUCCCUCCACCGUGAUUCAUCCUGCUAUUGUUCGACUGGGCCUCCAGUAUUCACAGGGCAUUGUGGCAGGAUCCAACGCUCGUUCUGUAGCCCUGCUGCAUGCCUUCAAACAGGUAAUAAGGGAUUAUACUACACCUCCAAAUGAGGAGCUAUCUAGAGACUUGGUGAACAAGCUGAAACCUUAUAUCAGUUUUUUAAAUCAAUGUCGCCCUCUGUCAGCCAGCAUGGGUAACGCAAUCAAAUACAUCAAGAAGGAGAUCUCCAAUAUUCCUAGUCAGUGCAAAGAAGAAGAGGCAAAGACCAAACUGCUGAACUGUAUCGAGUGCUACAUUAAUGAGAAGAUCAGUCUUGCUGCUAAAGCCAUUGCCAAGUACUCCAUAGAAAAAAUCAGCGAUGGUGACGUCAUCCUAGUUUAUGGAUGCUCGUCACUGGUCAACCACAUCCUGUGCGAAGCCUUCGAGAAAGGCAGGAAGUUCCGCGUGAUUGUGGUCGACAGCAGGCCUCGACUGGAGGGCAGGGAGGCCCUGAGGCGCCUGGUCCGGAGAGGCAUCAGCUGCACCUACGUCCUUAUCUCAGCUGUCUCUUACAUCCUUCCAGAGGUGUCGAAGGUGUUCCUCGGUGCUCACGCUCUGCUGGCCAAUGGCUACGUCAUGUCUCGCGUGGGGACAUCGCAGAUAGCUCUGGUGGCCAAAGCCUUUAACGUGCCUGUGCUCGUGUGUUGUGAGACCUACAAGUUUUGUGAGAGGGUGCAGACAGAUUCUUUUGUGUCCAACGAGCUUGAUGAUCCCGAUGACCUCAUCGUGACCCGUAAAGGAAAGACUCAGCUGAAGAACUGGCAGCAAGUGGACUCUCUCGGCCUGCUGAACCUGGUGUAUGACGUGACGCCGCCUGAUUUCGUGGACCUGGUCAUCACAGAUCUGGGAAUGAUCCCGUGCACCUCGGUCCCUGUGGUGCUGCGAGUCAAAAACGUGGACCAGUGAACGACCUCCAUCUCAUGUCAGUCUUGAGCCAAGAAGCUGUUUCUGAGUCUUGAUGGGGGAGUUUGUGUGCAUGAGUGCUUGCACACAACACAAAAUAUCGUGCUUUUAGCAUGCAAUAAAUAUAUAUCUGAAAUGGCAUAAGCUUUUUAACCAGAGUCCAUGUGUGUUUUUAUGGUAAAACUGGAUCAUUUGAGAUUUUUUUUCAAAACUAAAUAUCUUUUUUUAAUGUUGGGGGGUUUUAAUAGCUCUAUGCUAUGAACUGUCUCAACAACAGAACAUUUAAUCACCAGUAUUAAGAGCAGAACAAUUCUGCCGUGGUUCAUAACACGCUCCGGUUGUCAACCACAGCAUGCAACUUUAACCUAGCCAUAAAUGGCUCUCUAGUUACAGCUGGAGCCGCAGUAUCUAAAAGGAAUUUUAUGGCUCCCAUAAAUUACUCAGACUAGUUUUUAAUGACUUGAUUGAUUGAAU